UAUAUAAUUGUCCAUUGUUUUCAAUAGGAGCUGAACGGGCCCUUCGUAUACAUAAUAUGGGGCCCUGGGUGGGCUGUAGCCCGGCUAAAAAGUCCCUAUUUAGAUCCGCCCCUGCUUUUCAAAAUAUUUAUUUUGUAUAUAGUAUUUUGGGUACAUAGAUAGGUAUUUCUUAGUAUUCGAUUACCUAUGUCACCGCUACCUAGGUAUCUCCAAAACAUCACUUUAACUAUGAUUGAUUCUCUCGUCACUGUUGAGCCUCUUCCAAAUCGGAUUCUGGCAGUGCCUGGUUGAGUACGCCACUGGUUGGCACUUGAUGACCUCUCCAUAGAUCCAUUCUCCAAGCCACACACAAGCUGAAAAUCAUCAACAAAUUUAAUAGCAACAUCAGCUGUGUAGUAAUCUUGGUGUUGGUCGACAAAAACCUCACAAUUGAAAGCCUCUUGAAAUGAGUCGUAUGUUUUUCUUGGUGUUACUGGUGUUAGUUGUAACAACAUUGCUACACACUUCAGGCAAAUCGACCGAGUGCGAUUCCUUUGAUGACGUGAAUGUUCAAGUGGUCGAAAUGGAUGGACGCCAGUCCAAUGAGACGGUGAAUGGCUGCCUGGAACGCAAGCGAUUCCACGAGAAGACAGUGACCGCCGUCUUCAUCAUACACCAGAAGAUCCCGAGGCUGGGCAAGGACUCGGUGAGGCAUCUGGUGAGGCUGGAGACGAUCUCGUUCUGGGGCUGUGAACUGGACUCGAUCGAGCCACGAGCGUUCAGGAACCUGCCCAGGCUGAAGAAUGUGCAGAUUUCAUAUUGCGACCUCAAGGAGAUACCAAAAGGCGUAUUCAACUUGAUCCCGAGCAUGGAACUUCUCCGGAUCCACAACAACAAGAUCGACUUUAUCGAGAACCAGGCCUUCGCUAACCUUUCCUCCCUAAAAAAGGUCUUCGGCAGCGACAACGCCCUGGAAUAUUGGCACAGGGAAUGGUUCGACGACUCCCCCAAUCUGGAAAUCAUGGAUUUCCAGAAUAACAAAAUCCGCACCAUCCCAAGAAAAGCCUUCGCGGCGCUGCAGAAGCUCAAGCAGAUCUACUUCGACUACAACGAGAUAGCCACCAUCCAAUCAGAAGCCUUCGUAGGUCUGAAAAACCUGGAGUACUUGGGCCUGAGAAACAAUAGACUGAAGGCUAUCGAAGAGCACAUCUUUCCCACUGGUCUCAAGAUCAGGUCACUGCUGAUCAGCGCCAACUAUCUCAACUAUCUAUCCAACGAGGUGCUGAAGAAGAUAUCAGUCUCUGACAUCGUCCUGGAGUAUAAUCCUUGGAAGUGUCCAUGCUUGGACAGAAUACACUACUGGAUUUAUACGAACAAUGGUACCCUGAGAACCACGGAACAGUGUAAAUCGAGUUAUGUUCCGAUUUGCGCUUACCCCAAAAGUUUUUCACAAACCUGUUUGGAAUACGUUGAUGAAGAGUUGACCCAGAGAUAUAUAGGCAUGUUGAGGAAUCUUUCUGCGCACUUGGAUGAUUAUUGCGCUAGACUGGACUAGAAACAUUCGAUUAAUUACAAUAAAAGUGUAUAUAUUGUGAUAUUAUAUGUGUAUAAUAUAGGCAUUGACUAUCUAAAUUGUGUAAAUUCAUGGAAUAGACUAACAUUAUAGUCUGGAGACAUAGAAGAUUCUUUUCGUAAUCUUAAAA